UCCAGACCACAGCUUAAACCACUGCAAAAUCUUGAGAGUGGCCAAAAAUGGCGGACAWGGUCGCACUUCCGCUCCUCCUCCCCAGUCCAGUGCCCUCUAAACCCCUCUUCCMCGUCUUCCACCACCAACCCACUCCGCCGCAGCCGCAGCCGCAGCCGCCGCCGCCGCCCCCUUCUUCAUCGUCCCCCAUAGCCCCUCUUCUCCAAGACCUCCUUCUUCCCCACCAAUCCCCCUCUUCCCCUCUCACUCAUCUCCCCAAACCCGCUUCCCCCACCUCCAGGACCCGCGCCCGAACCCGCAUCGGCCGGUCCCGCGACCCCAACCGCGGGAAGCCAUGGUCGCACCACCGCCUCUCCCCUCAAGGCCAGCGAAUCAUCGAUUCCUUCCUCGACCCAGAAUUCGAUUUCUCCUCUCUCGAUGAAAUUUUGCUUCAAUUGUUCGAAACCAGUCCCGAAGAGCUCGAUUUCGCCUCCGAUUCCGUUUCCCUCGACAUUUUGGGGAUAAUCAAGGGCUUGGUAUUCRGCAAGAAGCACGAAUUGGCCUUGCGUGUCUUCGAUUGGGUUCGUAACCGGGAAGAUUAUGCAUCGUUUUUGAGCAGCUCUGCGAUUGCUGUGAUUAUCAGUGUUCUUGGGAAAGAGGGUCGGGCUUCGUUCGCGGCUUCUUUGCUUCACGAGCUUCGAAACGAUGGGGUAAUUGUCGAUAUUUAUGCUUAUACUUCUUUGAUAACUGCUUAUKCUAGUAAUGRGAGGUAYAGAGAGGCUGUGAUGSUCUUUAAGAAAYUAGAAGAAGAAGGUUGUAGACCCACUUUAAUUACUUAUAAUGUGAUCUUGAAUGUGUAUGGGAAAAUGGGCAUGCCUUGGAAUAGGAUUGCUGCUCUUGUUGAUAGUAUGAAGAGCUYRGGGAUUGCCCCGGAUUUGUAUACGUAUAAUACGCUUAUUAGUAGUUGUCGUCGGGGGUCGUUGUAUGAAGAAGCUGCAGAGGUGUUUGAGGAGAUGAAAGCAGCUGGGUUUAGUCCGGAUAAGGUUACUUACAAUGCGUUGUUGGAUGUGUACGGGAAGUCUCGGCGGCCUAGGGAAGCCAUGGAGGUGUUGAAGGAGAUGGAAGCGAGUGGGUUUGCACCUAGUAUUGUCACUYACAAUUCGUUGAUAUCGGCUUAUGCACGGGAUGGUUUGUUGGAKGAAGCUAUGGAGCUCAAAAYGCAGAUGGYGGAGAAGGGGAUAAAGCCUGAUGUUUUUACUUACACCACGCUGUUGUCUGGCUUCGAGAAGACGGGGAAGGAUGAUUAUGCAAUGAGGGUGUUCGAGGAGAUGAGAGUUGCGGGGUGCCAACCGAACAUAUGCACCUUCAAUGCUCUGAUUAAGAUGCACGGUAAUCGGGGUAAUUUUGUGGAGAUGAUGAAGGUUUUUGAGGAGAUUAAGAUAUGUGCGUGUGUGCCUGACAUUGUUACUUGGAAUACACUUUUGGCAGUGUUUGGGCAAAAUGGGAUGGAUUGUGAAGUCUCAGGAGUGUUCAAAGAGAUGAAGAGGGCGGGGUUUGUGCCUGAGAGGGACACUUUCAACACUCUUAUUAGUGCCUAUAGCAGAUGUGGUUCUUUUGAUCAAGCAAUGGCUAUCUAUAGAAGAAUGUUGGAUGCCGGGGUCACUCCCGAUCUGUCCACUUACAAUGCCGUUCUAGCGGCCUUGGCUCGGGGUGGCCUUUGGGAGCAGUCAGAGAAAGUACUCGCCGAAAUGAAGGAUGGUAGGUGUAAGCCUAACGAGYUAWCGUAUUGUUCUUUACUUCAUGCUUAUGCCAAUGGCAAAGAGAUUGGGCGAAUGUCUGCUCUUGCUGAGGAGAUCUAUUCUGGCAUAAUCGAACCUCAAGCUGUGCUUUUGAAGACACUCGUUUUGGUUUAUAGUAAAAGUGAUCUUCUGACGGAGACCGAACGUGCUUUCUUGGAACUUAKGAGACAAGGRUUUUCGUCCGAUAUAACGACUCUAAAUGCCAUGGUUUCAAUUUAUGGUAGGAGAAGGAUGGUUUCGAAAACCAACGAAAUUUUGAACUUCAUAAAGGACAGCGGGUUCACUCCGAGCUUGACAACAUACAAUAGCUUAAUGUACAUGUAUAGCCGCACYGAGGASUUCGAGAAGUCGGAGGACAUUUUGAGGGAAAUUAUCGGGAAAGGAAUAAAGCCUGAUAUCAUUUCAUUCAAUACUGUUAUUUUYGCCUAUUGUCGAAAUGGUCGAAUGAAAGAGGCCUCRCGGAUAUUUGCUGAAAUGAAGGAUUUUGGGCUCAUCCCCGAUGUAAUUACGUAUAAUACCUUUGUSGCAACCUAUGCAGCUGAYUCGAUGUUUGUAGAGGCAAUCGACGUGGUGAGGUACAUGAUCAAGAAUGGAUGUAAACCCAAUCAGAACACAUACAACUCUCUAGUGGAUUGGUAUUGUAAACUAAACCGUCGGGAGGAGGCGAGUAGUUUCGUUUCCAAUCUACGGAAUCUUGACCCACAUGUAACUAAGGAAGAGGAAUGUAGGUUGCUGGAGCGUCUAACCAAGAAAUGGUCAUAGCGAAGAAGGAAGCUGGACGUUCUAGGAGAUGUUCGCUUCUCGCCCGAAAAAACCGCUCAAUCCGGGUGCGGAGGGUGAACUCUGAGAAAUGGUGCAGAAAGUUUGAACUCAUUCAUGGCUUUGUAGAAGACCUGAUGCAAACAUGAAAAGAGACUUGGUUUCUCUCAUCUGUUUGGGGAGAGGGAGGAAUCAGCUAUGGGAUCUUUAUGAUUGUAUUCAUAUUCCCUAUAUAUAUGUAUAUUUUUUUUGAAAUACAUAUUCCCUAUAUCAAAAUUGUAGAAACUUUUUAUCAUCUA